CGUCAUAUCAUAAGUACUCCUGCCUGCUAAAACCCCACGCAGAGAUCGACGACGCCUAUACCCUUGACCAGUUGACCUCUAUCGAGAGGACGGGAAUGGCGAAGAAGAAGAGGAGACUCGAAGCCGAAGCCGGAGCGGUGACGGCGAGCGACGUCGAGCCGCCUCGGAACGAUCUCCUCAACGGCGGCGGUCCUCGCGGCGAGCCGACAGAAACGAGCGGCAAGCAGAAGAGGAGAGGGGGCGGCGGCGGCGGCGGCGAGCCCAGGGAGAUCCCCACCGUCAGCGUCGCCGUGGCCGGUUCCAUCAUCGACAACGCUCAGUCUUACGAGCUCGCCACCCGCUUGGCUGGUCAGAUUGCUCGUGCGGCGACGAUUUUCAGGAUCGACGAGGUGGUGGUGUUUGAUAACAAGAAUACCCCGGGAGAGGACCCAACAGAGAGAACAGUGGAUUGUACCGAUGAGGACGAGAGCGGGGCGGCUUUUCUUAUUAGGAUACUGCGGUACUUGGAGACACCGCAGUAUUUGAGGAAAACUUUGUUUCCUAAGCAUAACAGCUUGCGUUUUGUGGGCUUGUUGCCUCCACUUGAUGCUCCACACCAUUUGCGCAGGCAUGAAUGGGCUCCAUAUCGAGAAGGUGUCACACUAAAGGCAAGAGCUCCAAAUUCUUCUCAAACGCUUGUUGACGUGGGCCUAAAUAAGGAUGUUGUCAUCAAUCAAGCACUCAAACCCGGUAUUAGAGUCACUGUAGCUAUGGGGGCGGAACGUGAUUUGGAUGCAGACUUGCCACGCCAGGUUGUCUCAUCCUCCAAGCCAAGGGAAGAUGUGGGGACCUAUUGGGGAUAUAAAGUGCGAUAUGCUUCUAAUCUUAGUUCUGUGAUCAAAGAAUGCCCCUACAAGGGUGGGUAUGAUUAUGCAAUAGGAACCUCAGAGCAUGGUGAGAUUGUUAGGUCAUCGGAGCUUAUCAUACCUACAUCCAGGCAUUUAUUGAUUGCCUUCGGUGGACUUGCUGGAUUAGAAGAAAGUGUGGAGGAGGACAAUAGCCUCAAGGGAAAAAGUGUGCAGCAUCUUUUUGAUAGAUAUCUAAACACUUGUCCUCAUCAAGGAAGCCGAACAAUACGCACUGAGGAAGCAAUCCUAAUAUCUCUUCAAUACUUUCAAGAACCGAUAAGCAGAGCGCUAGAAGUUGGACAAUCAAAUUAGUUGGAAGCCUGUUGGUGACGAUUAGAGAAUUUUGGCAAAUCCAGUACUGGUUGAUUCACUUUUGUAAUCAUAUUCUCUUGUUAUUUUGCAUUCUUGGGAUAUAGGACCCUUGAAACUUCUAUCUAUUCAGUUAGCCAGUGAUGCUUCUGGGUAGGCCCUUUUAA